GAAGUUCCUGCCAGAGAAGACACGUCACAAACGUCAGACCCUGCUGGACAUGACGCGUCCCUUGAAGCAUUGGCUGUACUCACACCGGGACAACCCUUACCCUUCUCGCCACGACAAGAUGGAGCUGGUCAAACUCAGCCAGAUGACCCUGACACAGGUGAGCAAUUGGUUCGCCAACGCCAGACGUCGGCUGAAGAACGCGGUGCGAGGUGAGGACAUCCCGUGGUCUCGCCGCAUCAAGGUCUACAACAAGUUCGCUGAGGGGAACGCUGAGCUCUUCUCUAUCGCCUCGUCAGAUGAGGAAGGUUUUCAGUCGGAGACGGAUAUUG